CGCCGAGGUUUCCCGUAGAAUGUCACGGGAUCUUUACUCGAGCAGUGGCGUGAUCGGUCCAGGUGGUGGCACACGUUCGCCACGCAGCGGUCGUCGCGUGGGCGAACUGCCAACCGUUGAUCGCAGUCCGUCGCGAAGUUAUGCCAGCGGUCGUGGAAGUCCGCUCGGUGGUCGUAAACGGGGAACUCGUAGUGGCAACAAUUCGCCGGAGCACUUAGGCUACGGCGGAGGCUACCAUCACCAUCAGCUGGGCAGCCCGUACUACUCCCGCGACGAGGACCUCGGCAGUCCCGUGAUGCUCGAGGAGAGGGGUAGGAGUAUGUCGACCGGGGGCGGUGGGGGCGGACAUCACCGAUCCAGAAGCGCCUCGAGACCCGCCAUGUCCAGCUCGGCGGGCAUGGUAGCGCGUUACACUAGCCUCGAUCGUGCCUCCGCUGGCGUUCUCGAUCAUGAUCGAGAAUUCGUGCCGAUACGCGAGCCGAGCCGCGAACGUAGCCGCGAUCGCGGACUCUAUCUGGAAGACGAGUUAUAUGGCUCCAGGUCAGCGCGUCAGAGCCCGAAUCCGCACAUGCUGCGCGACGGCGGCGGCUACAUCGGCGAGCUCCAGCAUCAGAAUAACGAUCUGCAACGAGAGCUCGGUAACCUGAAGAAGGAACUCGAGUUGACGAAUCAAAAAUUGGGCAGCUCGAUGCACAGUAUCAAGACCUUUUGGAGUCCGGAACUGAAGAAGGAACGGGCGUUGCGCAAAGAGGAGAGCACCAAGUACAGUCUCAUCAACGAACAACUUAAGCUGCUCAACUCGGAGAAUCAGAAACAAAGCAUAAUGGUUCGCCAAUUAGAAGAGGAACUUAGAAUGAGGAUGCGUGGGCCGAGCGUCGAGAUGCAGCAACAAAUGGAAGUUUUGUACAAUGAGAACGAGCAUCUGACUCGCGAAAUUGCCAUACUUCGUGAUACGAUAAAGGAGCUGGAAUUAAGAAUAGAAACGCAAAAACAGACGCUGCAAGCUCGUGAUGAGAGUAUCAAGAAGCUCCUCGAGAUGCUCCAGAAUAAGGGGAUGGGUGAGACAUUGCUUGCAAUUUUUUAA